AAAUUUUCAAUUAAAAAAUGGGUACAUACGUGUUUGCGCGAAACCAAGUCACAGAUAUUGAACUACUUAAAAGCAUGCAUUGGCUGAAGCUAUCCAGUUUAUUCAUCUCGUGCACCAACACACAUCAGGCGUCAGUGCAACUAUGGCGAACAAUCACGACUCCGAACUUCUGAAUCCCUUGAACUCUUCAAGUGAAGAAACCAGGCCCGUUGAAGCUGUUGAAGAAGAAGAAGAUGGAAAGCGAGAGCAGUGGACAAGAAAACUUGAUUUUCUGUUAUCAUGCAUUGGUUAUGCUGUGGGACUUGGCAACUUGUGGCGUUUCCCGUAUCUUUGCUACAUCAAUGGAGGAGCCUCCUUUCUGAUCCCAUAUUUGAUUUGCCUCGUGUUCUGUGGAAUUCCCAUCUUCUACCUGGAGGUCGCUCUUGGUCAGUAUGUUGGAAAAGGAAUCGUCAAAUCAUGGGCGGCAAUUUGUCCUUUGUUUGGAGGUCUUGGGUAUGCUAUGCUAGUGAUUACAUUCUUAAUCAGCAUUUAUUACAAUGUCAUCAUCGCUUGGACUCUGUAUUAUUUGUUUGCGACUUUCCGAAAGACUCUGCCUUGGGGUGAAUGUGGAAAUGAGUGGAAUUCUAAUUACUGCAAAAAAGAACGGGUAAUGGAUGCAAAAGUGAACUGCACAGCCAUUGGUCUUCCUGUCAAUUGCACCGGAAGUUACAUCUCUCCAGAGGAAGAAUACUUUAACAAUCACGUACUCAAGUUGUCUGAUGGAAUAGAUCAACCAGGAGAGGUACGUGGAGAGCUUGCGCUUGCUCUACUCGUGGGUUGGAUCGUUGUUUACUUCUGUGUAUGGAAAGGAGUUAAAUCAGUUGGAAAGGUUGUGUACUUUACAGCGCUGUUUCCCUACGUAGUUUUGUUCAUUCUUCUCAUACGAGGUGCUACUUUGGAGGGGGCUGGCGAUGGAGUCCUGUUCUAUUUGAAUCCUGAUUUCUCCAGACUAAAGGAUCCAAAGGUGUGGGUGCAAGCCGCCGGUCAGAUAUUUUAUUCACUCAGUAUCGGCAUGGGAGGACUUCUCACCUACAGCAGUUUUAACAAGUUUAAUAACAAUUGCGAAAGAGACAGCGUGGUGGUGUCACUUAUCAAUUGCCUGACCAGCUUUUUCGCUGGGUUUACCGUCUUCACCAUGAUGGGGUUCAUGGCACACUUACUGAAAACUGAAGUUGGAAAUGCAGUUAAAGGAGGGCCAGGUCUGGUGUUUAUGGCGUUUCCUGAAGGAAUCAAACAGCUUCCAGUGUCUCAACUCUGGGCAUUUCUCUUUUUCUUUAUGUUGUUUAAUCUUGGACUUGACAGCCAGUUUGUUGGCGUGGAAACUUGUACCACAGUUAUUCUGGACUGGUCACCGCGCUUCCGUAAAUACAAGUCUCUUAUUUCCCUUGGCUUGUGUAUCAUCUGUUACAUCCUUGGGCUUGCUCAUGUUACACAGGGUGGAUUGUACGUGUUCGAGAUGUUUGACAUCCAGAGUGGAGGAAUCUCAUUGGUUCUUAUUGCGCUUCUUGAAACAGUCGCUAUUGGAUGGGUGUACGGUAAGGAAAACAAAUUUACAAUCUGCAGGAAAAGGUACAUACAACGGAAAGAAUACCAGAAACUUUGAAUGAAUUCCAUAACUAAACAGUAUUUGCUCAUAACUCUUUUGUGAACUUAAUUUUUUAUUUGCAGCGAAAAAUCAGUCUAGGCACUUUUAAUUAGCCUUUUUUUUCCAAUCUACCACCUCCUAGAAAGUCAUGGCACUUAAUGACUUUCUCUGAGGAAAAUAAAAUGCUGUUUUCCUAAUACUUUUCCAGCUUCUCACUCACCUGUUCUUAUUUGAAACAGGCACUGAAAAAUUCUGCAACAACAUCGAGAGCAUGGUAGGGCAUCGACCAAACAUCUAUUUCAGAUGGUGCUGGAAGUUUAUCUCACCUGUCAUUAUUCUGGUCAUAUUUGUCUGGCAGUGCGUGGAAUGGUCUGGACUGUCACUUGGUGAUUACAAAUAUCCCGUCUGGUCUGAAUUCGUGGGAUGGGGCCUUUGCCUCUCUUCUGUUCUUUGCGUUCCCGGUUACGCCUUAUACAGGCUGCUGACUGAUGACAAAUCGCUCCCACUUAAACAGAGAUUCUUGAACCUGCUUAAGCCUGAUGAAGAAACCAUGAGGAGGAUUGAACAACAAAAUGGAAUACCUUCCAAAACCCAAUUUGCGCUGAUUUAAAGUCGAAAUCCCUGUUUUGCGAUGAGGAAGAAAACUCCAUGUAUAAAGCUUCAUUUAUGAUAGAAAAGUUUUUUUGUAACAUUGUUCAAGUAACGCCAUAACCAAAUAAGCAUUUAGAUGAGCAGUAUCAGGAAGGUUACUGAUUUGGAAAAAAAAUUUAUUUUUCGACAGAAGUAGAUUACCUUCUAAAGGAGAAGUCAACCUUCACAUAUAUACGGAAAUAGGAAAAGGGUUUUUAAGGUUACAAGCACUAAGACUCAAAAGAAAUUUAACAGAAUAUUUUUAUCACA